UCGUCUUCUUUCUACUUUGAUUCUCGGCGGAGAAUACUCGACGAGAAAAACCAGAUCGGAAAUCUUCGUAGAGAAAACCAUGAAUUUAGGGUUCUUGAUCGGAGUUCUCGGCGUUCUGAUUCUUUCCCAUGCCGCUUAUUCGACAAUCCAAUAUAGAGGAUUGUUGAAGAUCACGGAGGAAGAGUUUUCCGGACCGCCGAUGAAUGUUGUUCUGGAGUUGAUCGUUGGACUAGCUCUCUGUAUGUGGGCUGCUUUGACUUUCCCUGGGAAAUUUCUAUCGAUCCACCCAGACUCGGACGAAAACAGGGCGGUGUCUUUACCAGAUAACUCGGAUUUCAUGAUAUUCAACCAUCGUGGCCGACUAUUCCCACCGGAGAUCGACAUGAAGUUUUGAUUUUUUUUGGUUUCUUACUGCUUAGUAAACUCUGAUUUGUCCAAUGUUAUGAGAUGUUUCCAUUUUAGAUUCUACUCAAAGAAAGUACUCUGCUUUGCAUCAAUUUGUGAUUCUUGAAAGUCUUGU